GUGAUCAAAUGUAAGGCAGCUAUUGCAUGGGAAGAACACAAACCACUUACCAUUGAGGAAAUUGAAGUUGCUCCCCCUAAAGAUCAUGAAGUCAGAAUUAAGAUUUUGGCAUCUGGCGUUUGUGGCACUGACAGUGCUGCACUGAAAGGUAAACUUGGUACUAAAUUCCCAGCUAUUUUGGGUCAUGAAGCCAUUGGCGUUGUUGAAAGCAUUGGUAAGGGUGUGACUACUGUUAAACCAGGUGACAAAGUGAUCCCACUCUGUUUACCUCAGUGUAGACAGUGCAGAGCUUGCAAGAAUCCAAACGCUAACCUUUGUGUUAAAAAUGACUUUGGUAGCAACUCGGGGUUGAUGCACGACAAUACCAGCAGAUUUACAUGCAAGGGCAAACAAAUCUAUCAUUUUCUGUUCACAAGCACUUUUACAGAAUACAGUGUUAUACCUGAAAUAUGUAUUGCUAAAGUGAACCCUGCUGCUCCUGAUGAAGUCUGCAUUAUCGGCUGUGGAUUUGCUACUGGAUAUGGUGCUGCAGUGAAUGCUAAGAUUCCUCCAGGAUCUACGUGUGCUGUAUUUGGCUUAGGAGGUGUGGGCUUUUCAGCUAUGAUUGGCUGCAAAAUCGCUGGAGCAGGUCGGAUUAUUGGGGUUGGCUCACACAAGGAUAAGUUUCCAAAAGCCAUUGAGUUGGGAGCCACCGAGUGCUUAAGCCCAAAGGAUUAUGACAAACCAAUUCAAGAGGUUAUCAGAGAGAAGACCAAUGGUGGAGUGGAUUUUGCCUUUGAAUGCAGCGGAAAUAUUGACACAAUGAAAGCUGCAUUUGAAUCAACUUACAUAGGCAAUGGGGUCACUGUGGUGCUCGGAGUCGCGGGUCCAAAUGAUAAACUUUGUUUUCAUCCUGGUGAAGUCAUGAUGGGACGUACCAUUAAAGGAUUGCCAUAUGGAGGUUUUAAAAGCAGGGAUGAUAUCCCAAAGCUUGUUUGUGAUUAUAUGGCAAAGAAAUUUAACCUUGAGUUCAUGGUGAGCCAAAGACUGCCAGUGGAAAAAAUCAAUGAAGCAUUUGAACUGAUGGCAAGUGGGAAAGGACUAAGGAAUCUUAUCAUUUUCUAAUACAAUUUUCAUUUCUCGUGUGAAGUCCACUACGGUCAUUUGCAGCCUGACAUCCUGUUGAUUAUAACUGUUUCAAUAUUACAAGUCUAAACAAAAAUGUAAAACUUAAGAUGAUGGAAAGUAAUGUAAUGAUUUAACAUAAUAAAGAAUUUAUACUGCC